AUGGACGGACCACGGAGGAUGAAUGCGAACGCUCGGCGGAUGUUGCGCCCUGCGCCUGGAUAUCUCGCUGCACUGAGGUUGACAUGGCUAGCAACAGCCGUCACGUUUACGAGCGCUACACCCGGAAUCGCACUACCGUUUAACGCGCAAGUGCCGGUGGUAGCGAGGGUGGGCGAGCCAUACGAGUUCCAGUUUUCCUCCUCGACGUUCGCGCCCGACAACGCAAAUUUUACAUACAGCUUGUCUGACCAGCCUGCGUGGCUGUCUCUGGACAGCGUAACGCGGACCCUGUCCGGCGCACCAAGCUCUGCCGACGAGGGCGCCAGCAGCUUCACUCUUACAGCCGCGGACGACACUGGCGCAGCUCAUAUACCAUGCGUGCUUGUGGUAUCUAAAGACCCUCCGCCGCAGAUCGAAUGGAGCAUCACUCAGCAGCUUGCCGCGGACGCGAAUCUUUCGAGCAGCGAUCCGGCAGUGAUCACCAUGCUUCCAUCUCGAGAGUUUCGGUUGACCUUCCGGCAGGACUCUUUCAUCGACAUCGUCCAGCGUAAGCUCAGCUACUAUGCGGCUCUCAUAGACCACACGCCUCUCCCAGCCUGGCUCGAGUUCGAGGACAAAACCCUCACCUUUUUCGGGACUUCGCCGCAGCUCAGCGCUUUCCCGCAGUCUUGGGAUGUUGAGCUGAUAGCAUCUGAUGUGGAAGGCUUUGCGGGUGCUGCGGCAUCUUUCACUUUCGCAAUCGGGAUACAGAAGCUGGCAUUUGCUCCAGGGAUGCAGACCGUCAACAUGACUGCUGGCGAGGAGCUAAGAUACAACGAGCUGGCAGACACACUGUUCUUGAAUGGGAUCAACGUCGAUGCGGCGAUUAUAAAGAGCGCAGACGCCUCCGUGCCAUCUUGGAUGGACUUCGACCCGCAAACACUUGGAUUGAGUGGCAUGGUCCCGCCAGGUGCCCCGGACCAGAAUAUCACGGUAUCGGUCACAGACGAGCUCGGCAACGAAGCUACUGCGAUUGUGAUGCUGAAGAAUGGGGUUGCGUCCGUGUUUGCCGCGAAGAUACCUACCUUGACGGCGCAUAGCGGCAAGGAGUUCAGCUACCAUUUCCCGGACUCGCUUUUUGCACCUCACGUCCCGAGUCUGAUGGUAACUCUCCCAGAGACGGCAACGUGGCUGCAUUUCAACCCUGAGACUCGAACUCUUAGCGGCACCGUGCCAAAAGAGACGACCGAUUCUACCAUUGAAGGCACAAUAACCGCGAAGUCGUCCGAUGCAGCUCCGGGGGAGGAUCAGACGUUCGCUAUCAGCAUCAAGGCAGCUACACCCACGGUUCCAUCGCCCAGGAAGACUUCAACUCCAGGCUCAGAUACUUCGACUUCAACACCAAUCCCUCUGGCAGCAGUAGCAGCGGGAGAAGGCCACCAUUUGAGCACAGGAGCUGUCGCCGGCAUUGUUGUUGGCACGCUCGUUGCAAUCGCCAUAAUCGCUGCUCUGCUAGUCCUCUGCUGGCGAAGAAGAAGGCGGACCGAAGGCUACGUUGAAGCAGUCAGUCCCGAGAAGCGAACAAUAUCUCGACCAAUCUUGCCGCCAGAUGCUGGCAGUAUCGCUGUGACAACUGAUGUGCACAGGGACAUCGAAAGAUACGCAGAUAGCGGUGACCGGUUGGCCCCUUUGCAGACCGAGCCGGCGCCGCACAUUGCUCUUGAUCUUCCUUCGAAGCCUGGAAAGAACCACAUGAAAUGGAGCAAGCGUUUCUCACGAAUCAGCCUGGCGUCAUCAAUUGGAAACGGAGAAGAAGCCAUACGAGCGGAUUCGAAUAUUCCUACCUGGGGCGUGGACGCUACUGCCUUACAUACUACACCGCACGACAGUUUCUCGGUUCCGGCUGAGAUCGCACGCUCAUCCAGGCCGCUGUCAGAUCGGUCACCUACUAAAGCAGCUUUGCGAAGGCUGAGGGAGAAGCGGGAAUCACGCCAAAGUGUUGGGCUCGGCAUAGACACGGGAGGCGCUCUGCUGUUGCCGCGGCACAGUUCGAAGGGUGCGAGGACUCGAAGGAGGCCGGUAAGUAGCCUAGGGCAGUCUACGAUGCAAGAUCGGAGUAGCAUGGCUACUCAAAGUACCAGAGGUACCAGCGUACUGUCAACACGACCAUCGGACUUCCCACGGCCUCCCACGCGGUCUACGAUGACCGACUCGAAAUCGUUCCUGACCUGGGGUCCAGAAGGGAAGCGGAAGAGCAUUCGGUUAGUUGCACGCAGCGACAGCACUCUGGACAACAGGUCGUUGCAAGACAAACGACAGUCCUUCAUUAGGAACAGAGCGAGCACUAGUCUGGCCAGCCCGCUGUUCGCUCAUGGCUCCCGUGCACCCACAGAUCCCCGAAUGAACGGCCACUCUUCGGUCAAUGGCUCUGUCGCUGGCAGCAGUCGGCGGACCAAGCGUGGCAGAAGCCAAGUUACGAGUUACUCCAAUUCUUCGUCUCUGGAACCUCCACCUCGCGACCCGCGAAGGCUCAGUGCAAAGCUGAGAUCCAGGUUCGCCCCUUCAUUUCCUCGCGCUGUUACCAAGUCGACGCUGGGCGCAGACGACGAGGGAGUAGAGAACGAAAGCGAUUCUGAGUACGACUCCACGUCAGAGUCCAUCACAGAGUCAGACCUUGCUGCCGAGAUGGCUCUUCCGAGACACAAGCGCAGCUGGGUACUGCCUGGCGAGGCAUCCCCUACUCCACCGCCAGCUCCGCCGACGUCGCGGCAAGUUUCAAGAGGAGUCACACCGUCAAGCGGAGGGGGAGCGCCGCGCCAGAAAUGGAAAGAACGGUUGCGCGAGCGUUCCUCGUCUCCGCUCGCCACUGCCGUUGCUGUAUCAGUCGGAGACACCCAACCCUCUACCAACCCAGCUCAAGGUAGCGAGAAACGCAGGAGCAGGCUGAGCGAGCCAAUGGCCCUAGUCAGCAACGACAGUCUCAGCAAAGCGAAGCUCGAACGCCCACGGCUGGUGCACACCGGGUCGAAGCGGCCUGUGAGCGUGGAGCGCGUGCAGCGCUUGAGCAGUUUGAGGGCGGAGACGGAGGAUGUGCGGCCGGGGAGUGAGAUGUGGGAGGCUAUGGAGGAAGCAGGGUUGAUGCCGCCGACGAUUGGGGAGGGGAGGGAGGGGACGGGGAGGAGUGAUCGCAGUGGGCCUGCGUUUCUGAAGUUCGGAAAGCACAUACAGAAGCGGCAGCUGGAGAUCCCGGAGUAUGCGGCGAGUUUCGUGGACUACAAGGCCCUCAAGAAGCUCAUCAAAAAGCUGAGCACGACUCCGAUCAUCAACGCUCAACAUGCGGCGAGCGCUGGUGAAGCCGCCCAAGAUGCGCAAGCCGCCCUUCAGGCCAACAAAGGCACGUUCUUCUUCCGGCUGGAGAGGGAGUUGGAGAAGGUCAACACUUUCUAUCUCCAGAAGGAGGCUGAGCUCAAACUCCGCUUGAAGACACUGCUGGAUAAGCAACGAGACCUCAAGUCUAGGUCAAGACCUGCUUCCAAACUGUCGUCGAAUUAUGUCACACUCGAUGAAGGGUUCCAGCUCUUCAGCAAUGACCUCGACAAGCUGCAGCAGUUUGUUCAGGUCAACCAGACUGCGUUUUCGAAGAUACUAAAGAAGCUUCGGACCAAAGAGCUGUAUCUUUCACGAGCCGUCGAUGUCCAGCCCUGCUUCGACCGCGAAGUCAUCAGCAAGCUAUCUGAUCAGGCUCGGGACGGUCAACUGGAGCUGCAGGCAUGGGCUGAAGGCGAGCAGAUCACUUACACGCCUAGUGUCGAACUUGAGAACAGAGUACCCGGUCCAGGUCGAGAUGAUGAUAUUGAAACUCAGGUCAUGCAAGCUGUCAAUGCCGGAAACGUCGCCGUACUAGAAGACUGGAUUCAGCGUGCACCAACGCAGGACGAUGCGCAAAAGCGCAUCAGCCGCAUGUUCCUCGACACUGUCAAUACCGCGUCGCCGAAAGCACAGCAAUAUCUAUACCGCACCGACCGCAUCGAUUUCAACUACGCCGAUCCCAUCAAUCGGAGGAACUGCAUUCAUGAAGCUGCAGUCAGUGGCAAGAUCGAUGUCCUUCGAGCGGCGUUGACGAAAGGUGCGGAUAUUCGAGCACCCGACGUCUAUGGUCGCAUUCCGUUACACUACGCUUGCAUGCACGGCCAGCUGGAGAUGGUUCAAGCAUUGGCACAAGCUGGACCGGACACAGUCAACACUAAGGAUUACGACAACUUCACACCUUUGAUCCAUGGUGUAGUCCGUGCAGAGGCUGGCAGCGUCGAGGCAAUGCUAGCGCUGGGAGCUUACGUCGACCCUCCUGGAGAUGCUGAUCACAAUCCGCUAGAUCUGGCCUGCCAGUACGGCUCACCAUUGAUUAUUCGGCAGAUGCUGCAGUAUGGUCCGAAAAUCCUUCCAGACGCCGAAGGUCUGUUUCCACAACAUCUGGUGGCGCGCUUUGGCGGAGCUCGUGAAACCCUGCAGUUGCUCAAAGAGUACGGAGUGGACAUGGAUCAGCAAGAUAAGCUGUACCAAUGGACUCCGAUAUUCCACGCUGCCAGCGAAGGCCACCUGCAUUGCCUACAACAGUUGCUAGAGUUUCGGGUCAAGGCAAACGCGAAAGACGAGAAGGGCCUUUCAGCCAUGUACUACGCAGCGUGGGAAGGACAUCUCGACUGCAUGCAGCUCCUUGCGCGGGCCAGUGCAGCGCAGGUUGAGCCAGCUCGAGCUCCGGUUGCGCCGGUCAUGCCGCCACCAUCAUUGACCGCAAGCACCGGUAUGGUUCCGCAAGAUGACCCAGAAACGAUACCAGACUUGAUCCUGCCACCACCGAUCAUCCCUCUCCGACGGUAUGGCCACAAUUUCCUGGACACAACCAAGACUUUCAUCCUCCUUUCCUUCGAUGAGCUCGGCUCUGAUGCCAUCGAAUUCUACGACGACAACAAGUACCCAGCCGCACGCCUCACGAUAUCAUCCAAAUCGUCCGACCUCAUACCUCGAAGCGUGCCUCUACCUGUCCAGGACGAUGCGAAGACCAUUUCAUUUCAGAUCGAGAACCUCAGCACAUUCAGCAUCGACUUCGACAUCUACCCCACGUUCGGCAGCAAGGUCAUCGCUCGAGCAGCAGCAUCGAGCCGUGUCUUCACCGGCAAAGCAAGCAGCUCCGGUAUCUGGCACCUUGAGCUAUUUGAUCCCCGCCUACGCACCAUCGGCCGCAUCAACUUCCGCUACCAAGUCGUCACACCGUUCCAUGGCAUUCCAUUGGAGAUCACGACAUUUGCGACGUAUUGGAAGGCCACGAGCCAAGAUGAUGCACAUCCCAGCAAUCUAAUCACUGGUAGCAGCUUAUCUGGAGACUUCCUGAGGCUGUUCGUCCAAGUGACCAGAGACUGCGUACCAGUGCUGUUCAACGACUGGGCGCUGCCGAGCAGCAAGAACGAUCUUAUCAGCCGCAUGACAUAUCAGGAGUUCGAGACAGCCGGGCUGGAAGCUGGCAGAGGUCGGGGCGUUGUGCAAGGACUUGUGGGCAGCGGCAUCGAUCGCAACAACCUCGCCAAUGCACAACGGCAGAUUGCGCGCUCGUAUGCUUCACUGGCGGAUGCUCUAGCCGUGUUGCCGCCAGACCUUCAUCUCGAGAUCCAUGUCUGCUACCCAUCACGAGCGGAAGAGGAACAGCUUCACCUCGGACCUUCACAGAACAUGAACAACGUCGUCGACAAUGUGCUCGCCGUCGUCUUCGCUCACGCCAGACACCUUCGCGAGACGCAGCUUCAGGCGACGAAAGAAGAUGAGCUGAGGAACUUUGUUUUCUCGAGCUACAAUCCUGAUAUCUGCACAGCACUGAACUGGAAGCAGCCAAACUACCCAGUCUUGCUCUGCAACGAGCUCGGAGUAGCACCGCCGGACGAACAGCAGCAGCCUUCAGCUUCGAAUACAAUCAACAACUGCGGGCGGACUAGCAUGUCCAUCAAGGAGAGCGUCCGCAUCGCCACAUCGAACAAUCUAAUGGGUCUAAUCUGCACCUCGCGGCUUCUAGACCUUGUUCCCGCGCUGGUGGCGUCAGUCAAGGAAGCCGGGCUGGUUCUCAUCUCGGACUACUCGCGCGACGUCAAGCGAACUUCGCCGGCGAGCGUGAUGAGCUUGCCGCAGGGCGUUGAUGGAUUGCUGAUGGACAAUGCGGUGCUGAGGUUCAAGGAUGCUAUUGAUCAGUGA